CGUGCGCGUGCGCGCGGAGGGUUAGCGACUGGCGGGGGCGGAUCGACAGCCGCGGCCCACGCCGUAAACAGACAACAUGGCGGCGGCGGUGGCGAUGGCACCGGGGGCCUUGGGUACCCUGCAGGCUGGCCGCGCCCGCCUGGUGGCCGUGUGCUCUGCACGGCUCGGCCCGGGAUUGAGGCUGCCCGGCUCGUUGGCGGGCCGGCAGGUGGGCCCGGCAAUCUGGGCCCAGGGCUGGGCGCCCGCGGCCAGGGGUCCCGCCCCGAAAAGGGGCUACAGCUCUGAGGUGAAGACAGAGGACGAGCUGCGGGUGCGGCACCUGGAAGAGGAGAACCGAGGAAUUGUGGUUCUUGGAAUAGACAGAGCUUAUGGCAAAAAUUCACUCAGUAAAAAUCUUAUAAAGAUGCUAUCAAAAGCUGUGGAUGCUUUAAAAUCUGAUAAGAAAGUACGGACCGUAAUAAUCAGGAGUGAAGUCCCAGGGAUAUUCUGUGCUGGUGCUGACCUUAAGGAAAGAGCAAAAAUGAGUUCCAGUGAAGUUGGUCCCUUUGUCUCCAAAAUAAGAGCAGUGAUUAAUGAUAUUGCUAAUCUUCCAGUGCCGACGAUCGCAGCGAUAGACGGACUCGCGUUAGGUGGUGGUCUCGAACUGGCUUUGGCGUGUGAUAUACGAGUAGCAGCUUCGUCUGCAAAAAUGGGCCUGGUUGAAACAAAGUUGGCAAUUAUUCCUGGUGGAGGGGGGACACAGCGAUUGCCACGGGCCAUCGGAAUGUCCCUGGCCAAGGAGCUCAUCUUCUCCGCACGAGUCCUCGAUGGCCAAGAAGCCAAAGCAGUGGGCUUGAUCAGCCACGUUUUGGAGCAGAACCAGGAGGGGGAUGCUGCCUACAGAAAGGCUCUGGACCUGGCAAGAGAGUUUCUGCCUCAGGGACCUGUUGCAAUGAGAGUGGCAAAAUUAGCAAUUAAUCAAGGGAUGGAGGUCGAUUUAGUAACAGGGUUAGCCAUAGAAGAAGCUUGUUAUGCUCAGAUCAUUCCAACGAAAGACAGACUUGAAGGUCUUCUUGCUUUUAAAGAGAAAAGGCCCCCUCGCUAUAAAGGAGAAUAGAAAGGACAGAAAUGCUUCAAAUGCCAAUGUAAUAAAUGUGCUUCUGGAAAUUUCUUUCAGAUCCACUAUAUGCCUCAGCACACAGAGUUUCAAUGACCAAAGUGAAGAGCGAAUGAUUCAUAUAGUGUAUUAAGCAUCCGGAACAGCCCAUGUGCACUUCCUGCAAAUGCGUAAAUGUCAUAUCCGUUCAGAGUUAUGAAGCUAGUAGUGUAUAUUGUCAAAAACUGAUUCAGAAUUAGGUAUACAUUUUUAAAUAUUUCCUGCAUAUGAGGCUUUUUGUUCUUAAUUUUUUAAUGUGAAUAAUUUAUAUACUGCACACUCUAGGAAUAACAUCGAUUGUAUGUCUACUGUGCUGCAUUAAGGAAAUAAAAUUAUUUCUAUACACCAGAAAUGUGAAGCUGCACCGAAUGAAGUUCUGAGUGACUGUGUACGUGUGAACAGACACAUACACAUAAACCUCAGCCUGAAAAAUGGAUUGAUGGAUAUUCUGAGUGAAAACUACCUAAUAUAAAUAAAAUUAGUGAAAAGAAAA